ACACAGAGGAGGGAGAGGCAGGCAGAGAGAUGAGCCCAGCUUACACACAGUGAACGCAAGGGUAAACGUAGGAGUGCGCGAAAGAGUGGACAUUUACAUUCUCUCCCUGAACCGAGUAGGACGGGAGGAUCGUGCACCUCUCUUUUUGACAGAGUGAAAAAGUAACAGCAGGAAGGAGGAGAAAGAGGUGAUGUGGAGGGGAGAUCUGUGCUUUCCUAGACACCAGUGACUACACUGCUACAGCAAAGAAGAGUGAGAGAUAGAGACAAGAGAAGAGGAGACUCACAAGGGAUCAUGUGUUUUACUAGUGAGGCACGGCAGAUUGUCUCAUGUGCUGGAGUAUGUUAAAGAUGUCUGAAAAGUAUGACUGAUGAGCAGUGUCAUGUCAAGAACUAGGAGUCUGGAGAGCACUCACUGAAGACAUGGCUCAGGCUAAAGGCCUUAAAGAUGAAGGAUUGUCAUCCAGUCAGAACACUCAACCUGUGUCAAAGAAGGAUGUGGCCUGGAAGGGUCCCUGCACAAUGGCGCUACAGAAGAACUCUCAGGGCUUUGGUUUUACUCUGCGGCACUUCAUAGUCUAUCCACCAGAGUCUGCCCUCCAUACUAAUCUGAAGAAUGAGGGGAAUGGCAAUGGCAAUGGCAAAGGAGGUCAAAGGAAUCGUCUGGAGCCAAUGGACACCAUCUUUGUGAAGAAUGUGAAAGAGAAAGGCCCAGCCCAUCAGGCAGGCCUCUGCACAGGAGACAGGUUGGUGAAGGUGAAUGGAGAAAGUGUGCUGGGGAAAACUUAUUCUCAGGUUAUAGCACUGAUUCAAAAUAGUGAGAAUGUGCUGGAAUUGUCCAUCAUGCAUAAAGAUGAGGAUGUGCUACAGCUGGCUUAUUCUCAAGAUGCAUACUUGAGAGGGAAUGAGCCCUACACUGGAGAAGCCCAAAACCUUUCUGAACCUCCUUCGGUCUGUUACUCAAGCAGCAAACCCACCACUGCCACCCAGAGCCACGAUCUUCCUGACAACCUGAACUCUGGGAUUGUCGUAGGGUCUCAGCGUGCCCAUCAUCACCUGACUCACCAAUGCGCCCGCUCCUCGUCCUCAGCAGGGAUAACGAUGAGCCCGCUGGACUUCCACUUUGUCAACCACAAUGCAGCUAUCGUCUCCGCCUCACUCCCCCUCCCUAGGAAGGGCAGUCUUCCCCAAGUCCACAGUGAACUGUGCCACCAGGCUCUGUCAGAUUGGUACUACAGCCAAGCAGAUCGGCCAGGCCUUGGCAUGUCCCAUCACCACCAGAGCAUCUCUGAAGACCGGGUGUGUGACCUGGGACUGGCACGAGGAAGGUCUUAUGAUGGGUGGCCACAUGGCACCUCUCAGGACACCCUCCUUCUCCACUACAGAGCAGCGAUGGGUGCCAAACACUCACCUUGUAUGGAUUCCUAUGGGCUGGGGAGGUGGGGUCAAACCUCCAGCCAUUCCUUUUCAGAGAAUCUGCUGGCUGCAUAUGCUUCCUAUGAGCAGAGUUACAGCCGUUCACUAGAAACUCUAGAAAAGGCAUCUGUUCUGAUCUCUCCCCAUUAUGAAAGACCAGCAUGGCCUCAUGAAAGACCAGCAUGGCCUCAUCAAAGCAGUCAGCCAAUCAGCACUGAAGAGCAUCCAAGUCUGCCCAAUCAGCACGUGAUUGUUUCUGCAAUGGUGCCAUCCUCUGUUUGGGGCUUAAGCCAUAACCAGCAGCCAGCUACUCAGAUCAAACGUUCACUUGGACAAACUGCAGAUGAUCAGACAGUGGGUUGCCGCAGCUACAGCCCCUCCUUCUGUCGAAAGUCCAGCCAACAGUCUCACUCCUUCAGGGACCCUUCCUACACCGGACCUCACCAUAGCUGGACCCCCACCCCGAAAACCAGCCCACUGCAGAGUGCAUCCUUUGUCACUCCCCCCCCAGCAGAGCCCCAAGACUCAGCUAGAGCAGGCUCAGUGGUCAGUGUGUUUGCUGAGGAGCCCGUUCAGGUUCAGGAGGUGGUGCUUAGACAAAAGCCCCCCUCAGGCAGAAAGACCCCUCCUGGUGUGCAACAUCCCCACCAUGCUUUUCCUGUGUAUUCACCUGAACCCCUUUCAGCCACAGUCGUUCCCUCAUGGUCAGAAUACUCUGUGCACCAGACUAAUGUUGGCAUACCACCCUCAUCUGUGGAGCAGGAUUCCCUGGCUGCCAUCCCAUUCAUAGAUGAGCCCACUAGUCCCAGUGUAGACCUGUGUGCUCGCCAUGUACCAGCAUCCUCCGUGGUGUCCAGCAGCUUGUGCCAGGCAUCUGCCCACACCACCAGCCCUGUCUGUCCAAUCCUCAUCUCCCCCCUUACCAGCCUCCUCUACACAGACUGCAGCAAUCUAAAAAACAGCCGUCGCUCCUCCUAUUUGCUGGCCAUUACCACGGAACGCUCCAAGUCAUGUGAUGAGGGUCUGAACACCUUCAAGGAGGAGAGCAGUGUUUUCUCGAGACUACCAAAACGGGUUAAAAGCUUUUUCACAGAUGGCUCUCUAGAGAGCCUUCGAGCAGCGGAGGAAGCUCACUCUAAACGUCAUUCCACCUCUGAACUGGGGAACAUCACUGUCACUGACAUUAGGAAAGAAGGCUGGCUGCAUUAUAAACAGAUUCUAACUGAGAAGGGAAAGAAAGUGGGAGGUGGCAUGCGGCCAUGGAAACGAGUCUUCUCUGUGCUGCGCUCCCGCUCGCUUUUCCUCUACAAGGAUAAGCGGGAGGCAGUGCUUCACGCAGCCGAGGCAGGAGGUCAUGGCAAUGGGCAAGGGGUAGAUGAGGAGCCAAUCAGCAUUCGAGGCUGCUUGAUUGACAUUGCAUACAGCGAGACAAAGCGUAAACACACCUUGCGACUGACGACUCAGGACUUCUGCGAGUACCUGCUGCAGGCGGAGGACAGGGAUGACAUGCUAAGCUGGAUCAGAGUCAUCAGAGAGAACAGCAAGACUGACAAUGGGGAACUGGGCUUCUCCAGACAGGCACUCAUCAAUAAGAAGCUGAAUGACUAUAGGAAACAGAGUCCAACAGGCAACAAGCUAGAAACUUCUCCUAAGAUUCAUCGGAUGUUGCCACCUUUCUUUCUAUCAAAAACUGAAAACUCAGGUGUGAACCGAGCCCCAGGGAAAGCUCUAACCGAUGAGAGUACUAAGGCACCAUGGGGCAUUAACAUAAUGAAAAAGGGAAAGAAAAUGGGUCCAAAAGCUUUUGGCGUGAGGCUGGAGGACUGCCUGCCUGCUGCCAAUAAUAAGUUUGUCCCACAGAUUGUGGUUACAUGCUGUUGUCUGGUGGAAGAGAUGGGUUUGGAAUAUAUUGGUAUCUACAGAGUGCCAGGGAACAAUGCCAUGGUGUCUUCUCUUCAGGAUCAGCUCAACAAGGGCAUGGAUAUAGACGCUGCUGAGGAGAGAUGGCAAGACCUGAAUGUCAUCAGCAGUCUUCUGAAGUCCUUCUUCAGGAAGCUUCCAGAACCUCUUUUUACAGAUGAUAAAUAUAAUGAUUUCAUUGAUGCCAACCGUUUAGAGGAUGCAGGAGACCGCUUAAAGACCAUGAGGAAACUUAUACGUGACCUGCCGGAACACUACUACCACACACUGAAGUUUCUAAUCAGCCACCUGAAAACAGUUGCGGACCAUUCAGAGAAGAAUAAGAUGGAGCCUAGAAAUCUGGCCCUGGUGUUUGGCCCCACACUGGUGCGGACCUCAGAAGAAAACAUGACCGACAUGGUCACUCACAUGCCAGACCGCUACAAGAUUACAGAGACUCUUAUUUUGCAUCAUACAUGGUUCUUCAGUGAUGAGCAGGAUAAGGAUGAGAAGACACCAGAGGACCAGCAGAACUUACACCCUGUUCCAAAUAUCGAUCACCUCCUGUCUAACAUUGGCAGGACAGUGCUGCUCGGAGACUCCUCAGAUUCCACCAACAGCGACUCAGCUAAAUCUAAGGGAAUUUCAACCUUCAAGAAAGACCUGAGUGCCAAAGACUUCCUCACACCGUCCAUCAUAUCAGCCAUGACCCGGAAGAGAAAGAAACACCAGAGCACCUUCCCCACAGGCAGCAGCACUGAUGAAGACUCUGAGCAUGAGCCAAUCAAAGCCAGCAACUAUGAGGAAAUGAGUGGCAAGAGUGAGGGUCCAAGGGACAGCGAAGCAAGACAAAGCAGACGCCCACCCCGAAAAUCAGAAGAAGAGACUAAGGAAGUCAGCGAGUUGGAAGGGAAACCAGAACAGGUGGAGGAGAGCCAAGAGGAAGAAAGGGUGACAGAGGAGGAGAACAUCAUUCUGCAGAAGGAACAGGAUGAGAUAAAAGUGGAAGUUUCUGAGAGAGAACAAACUGGUUUGAUUCGAUCUUGGCGCCCUCUGAGCUUCCUUUAUUCACACCACAGUGUGUCGGGUCUCGGGGCCUCAUUGCAGCUGACCAACUCCUCUCCCUCCACCUGCUCCAAUCCACUACAGCCCUUGAAUAUCACUCACUUGAAUAUCACUCAACUCAGAGAAGAAAGAGUGCGACCUCACUCGCUAUAUGUAGAGCGGAGCCAGACUGGAGAGGAACGGGCCUCUCACACACACCUGGACUUCUCAAGAGUCAAAGCAUCUCUUGUUAGAGGUCAAGAGAAGCUGCGUCAGGCUGUGUUGCCCGGCAGGAGCAGCAGGGAGCCAUCUCUUCAGCAGGGCUGGAUGUGUCAAAAGCAGGUCAGCCGAACAGCCGAUGGUCUUUGGGGAGCAGGGAGCCAGAGUAGAGCAGGCUCACCAGAGACAUGCCACAGGAGACGAGACUGGGGGAGGCACCACACAGUUCUUGUUAAUGUGCCCAGGGAGGCAAUAAGACAUUAUAAAACAUGAAACCCCUUGCUAACUUCAGCCCUCCUCAACUUUAAUGCUUUUGUCCUCUUGCCCCCUCAUGCACUGGUAGCUAAAUCCACAAUGCCACAAGCAUAUAUGACAGAACACCAUUCUCAUGAUAUCAACAAGUGGCAAAAGCAUUAUUAAGCACAAUGUGGCACAUGGUGCAGUAAAGUAUUUUGAGUGUCUGAAUUUGAAAAUGUCAUUAAGUGCUUCCACUUUAAGAAAACGUAGCAUAAAUAUGUAGCAGUAAUUUACAUUCAGGCAGUCAUUGUCGCAAAAUAAGUCAAGUGGUAAUGGCCUGGCUGUAUAUUAGCCCACUACACGGCUACUCAUCAAAUACAAAAAUAUCCAAGUUGAAAUUAUUUUAUAAUCUUACAUUAAUAUUAUCUUAAAGCUUUCACUAAGAAAAAUGUACAAAGCAACAGGACAGGGAUACCAUGGUCCUUAAACCAGGUACUGGUAGCUUUGGCACUGUGUGCAGGUGCCAAGUCCUGUUGGAAAAUGAAAUCUGCAUCUCCAUAAAGUUGGUCAGCAGCAGGAAGCAUGAAGUGCUCUAAAACUUCCUGGUAUAUGGCUGCGUUGACCUUGGACCUCAGAAAACACAGUGGACCAACACCAGCAGAUGACAUGACACCCCAAACCAUCACUGACUGCGGAAACUUUACAUUGGACCUCAAGCAACAUGGAUUGUGUCUCUCCUCUCUUCCUCCAGACUCUGGGACCCUGAUUUCCAAAGGAAAUGCAAAAUUUACUUUCAUCAGAGAACAUAGCUUUGGACCACUCAGCAGCAGUCCAGUCCUUUUUGUCUUUAGCCCAGGCGAGACGCUUCUGACGCUGUCUGUUGUUCAAGAGUGGCUUGACACAAGGAAUGCGACAGCUGAAACCCAUGUCUUGCAUACGUCUGUGUGUCGUGGUUCUUGAAGCACUGACUCCAGCUGCAGUCCACUCUUUGUGAAUCUCCUCCACAUUUUUGAAUGGGUUUUGUUUCACAAUCCUCUCCAGGGUGCGGUUAUCCCUAUUGCUUGUACACUUUUUUUCUACCACAUCUUUUCCUUCCCUUCGCCUCUCUAUUAAUGUGCUUGGACACAGAGCUCUGUGAACAGCCAGCCUUAUUUGCAAUGACCUUUUGUGUCUUGCCCUCCUUGUGCAAGGUGUCAAUGGUCGUCUUUUGGACAACUGUCAAGUCAGCAGUCUUCCCCAUGAUUGUGUAGCCUACAGAACUAGACUGAGAGACCAUUUAAAGGCCUUUGCAGUUGUUUUGAGUUAAUUAGCUGAUUAGAGUGUGGCACCAGGUGUCUUCAAUAUUGAACCUUUUCACAAUAUUCUAAUUUUCUGAGAUACUGAAUUUGGGAUUUUCCUUAGUUGUCAGUUAUAAUCAUCAAAAUUAAAAUAAAUAAACAUUUGGAAUAUA